CUAAGGGCUAUCAGCACUGUCGUUCCACAUUCACCCCCAUAUUUCUGCUUGUGGGGUGGGGGCUGGCCAGAAGCCCCCCCAGGCGACUCAUGGGGCUCCUGACCCCAUCCAUCCCAGCCCCACAGGCAGCUGGGGGGGGGGUCUGCUGGGACACCCCUGCAGACGUCUCCCUGCCACGUGCCCCCUCGCCCGCAGUGGGACCUGGUGUGCGCCUCGCGCUGGAAGGUGCCCCUGGAGCAGACCACGCACUUGCUGGGCUGGACGCUGGGCAGCAUCACCGCCGGCCUGGCCUGUGACAGGUUCGGCCGCCGGCCCGCCUUCGUGGUGUCUCUGGUGCUGGCGGUGCCUGUGGGCCUCGGCGUGGCGCUGGCCGUGGACUUCGUCAUGGUCCUGGUGGCACGGCUGCUCUUCGGGGCGGCGCUGGCAGGCGCCUUCCUCUCCCUCUACGUGGCACGGCUGGAGCUGUGCGACCCCCCGCACCGGCUCGGGGUGACAAUGGUGGCCGGCUUCUUCUGGAUCGCCGGGGAGCUGCUGCUGCCGGGGCUGGCCGUGCUGUGCCGGGACUGGCGGGUGCUGCAGGGUGCCGUCACCAUGAUCCUGGCGCUGCUGGCUGCCUGCUGGUGGUGCCCGGCGCUGCUGCUGGAGUCGCCGCGCUGGCUGCUGGCCACGCAGCAGCUGGAGAGGGCCAGGAAGACCUUGCAGGUGCUGGCCGAAAGCAGCAGCCCCGGCUCUGAGGACGACAGCUCCUGCCACCAGGACAGCCUCCUCGCCGAGCUGGAGUCCCUGUCUGAGGGGUCCCCACAGCCCCAGUACCACGCCGUCUGCGAGAUCUUCGGCACCAGGGUCAUCUGGAAGAACGGCGUCAUCCUCGGCUUCGCAGCGUUCAUCGGCUCCGGCAUCCGCCACUGCUUCACCCGCAACCUGGACCCCCACCUGCCCCACUUCUUCUCCUCCUACUUCGUGCGGGUGGGCGCUGAGGCGGCCGCCUGCCUCUUCGUCUGCCUGACGGCCGAGCGCUUCGGGCGCCGUGCCAUCCUCCUCCUCUGCACCAUCCUCACCGGCAUCUCCUCCCUCCUGCUGCUGGCCCUCACCCAGUACUUGCUGGACCUCAUCGUCCUGACCCUGUCGGUGGUGGGCAUCACCGCCUCCCACGCCGUCACCAUGCUCAGCAUCUUCUUCGCCAGCGAGGUCCUCCCCACUGUGGUCAGGGGUGCCGGGCUGGGCCUCGUCGUGGGGGCCAGCUUCGUGGGCAAGGCGGCCGCCCCCAUCACCGCCAUCCCCAACAGCCGCGGCUUCUUCCUGCACCACGUGGUGUUCGCCUCCUUCGCCAUCCUCGCCGUCCUCAGCAUCAUGCUGCUGCCGGAGAGCCAGGGCCGCAGCCUGCCCCAGUCCCUGCAGGACGGCGAGAGCCAGCGCCGGCCCCCCCUUUUCCGCCGACCCCUCCGUGAGGACCACCUGCCCCUUCUCACUCCCCACGGCAUCCCCCACGACUACUCCCGCCUCGCUGCCUCCACCAAGAGGAUGGUGGGCUCCCCGGCCGCCCCCCGUGAGACAUAG